AUUCAAGUUCAGUACACGCGAACAGCUCAAACCGUUUGGACGGUGGUGCGCGAACUAAGCUCGGUACACGACGGCAAAAACAUAAUACUUACACUAUACAUAGUAUUUAUGUAUUUAUAAUAAUAACAAACGUUACAACGACCCCAAACGCGAUUAUUUAAUUGCACACACAAAGGAAUCAGAUUGCAAAAAAAUAAUUAAAAAAAAAAAAUUACAACAACAAAUUAAAAAUUGCAAGCAAGGAAAUAUAUAUAAUUAUUGUUUUUUCAUAAGGACUGCGCAAGCGGAAAAUUGUUGGUUUUGAAAAAAAUAACGCCUUAUUUUAAAAUAAAAGUUAAAUUAAAUCUAAAAAAUAUAUAAAAGUGUAGGCUAAUAAAAAAAGAAUUUAAUUUUUUUUUUUGAAAAAAUAUUAUAUUAACGCCACCAAACGUUAUCACAAUGCCAUCGGAAAAAUCAAUUUACAAUCCGAAUCCGGCACUUAGCCGUGAUGCCUACAUAUCCAGCAUGGCUGAGUAUAGAAAAUUCUAUGAAGAAUCAUUGGACAAUCCAGAGGAAUUCUGGAUGCGCGUAGCCAAACAAUUUCAUUGGGAAACACCAGCCGAUCCAAAAAAGUUCCUGCAAUACAAUUUUAAUCUAACCAAAGGACCUAUCUCCAUUAAAUGGAUGGAAGGUGCCUCCACAAAUAUUUGCUAUAAUCUCUUAGAUCGCAAUGUACGCAACGGACUGGGCGACACUAUAGCCUAUUACUGGGAAGGCAAUCAUCCCGACGACUACUCACGUGGUCUCACCUAUCGUAAAUUGCUCGAGGAGGUCUGCCGCUUCGCCAACGUACUUAAAGAUCAUGGCGUGAAGAAGGGUGAUCGCGUCUCAAUUUAUAUGCCGAUGAUCCUUGAACUACCGAUCGCCAUGUUGGCUUGCGCACGCAUUGGUGCUGUACAUUCCAUUGUCUUUGCUGGCUUUUCACCCGAUUCGUUGGCGGAACGUAUGUUCGAUUGCCAGGCAAAGGUGUUGAUCACCGCUGACGGUGCUUGGCGUGGCGAGAAACCAUUGUACCUGAAGGCACUCUGUGAUGUGGCGUUGGAGAAGGUCGAAGAGAUGGGUCACACGGUGGAGAAGUGCAUUGUGGUGUCACAUUUGAAGCGCGUAACACCCUGUGCCGAUGAUCAUGUCGAACAGGAUAUACCAUGGACGGAAGAUCGUGAUUUCUGGUGGCAUGAGGAGAUGGAAGACAAGGAGCCAGCCUGUUAUCCCGAAUGGAUGGAGGCCGAAGAUCCACUUUUCAUGUUGUAUACAAGUGGUUCCACUGGUAAACCAAAGGGUGUAUUACAUACCACAGCGGGUUAUUUGUUGUAUGCGGCUACAACAUUCAAAAUUGUCUUCGAUUAUAAGCCUGGUGAUAUUUAUUGGUGCACAGCUGAUAUUGGCUGGAUCACCGGACACACGUAUGUGGUGUAUGGACCAUUGGCCAAUGGCGCUACAUCGGUGAUGUUCGAGGGUACACCUUUCUACCCUGACAAUGAUCGUUUCUGGGCUGUAAUCGACAAGUACAAGGUGACACAAUUCUACACCGCACCAACAGCUAUACGUGCGCUGAUGAAGUUCGGUGAGGCGCCAGUUUUGAAACACAAUCUAAACGGUUUAAAGGUACUUGGCAGCGUGGGUGAACCCAUUAAUCCAGAAGCUUGGAUGUGGUUCUAUCGUUAUAUUGGUAAAGAGAAAUGCUCGAUUGUUGAUACAUUCUGGCAGACAGAGACUGGUGGUCACGUGAUCACACCCAUUCCAGGCGCUACUCCAAUGAAACCAGGCGCAGCGUCAUUCCCAUUCUUUGGCGUUAAGCCGACACUACUUGAUGAGAGCGGUAUUGAAAUCAAAGGUGAAGGUGAAGGUUACCUAGUGUUCUCACAACCAUGGCCGGGGAUGAUGCGCACGUUGUUUAAUAAUCAUGAACGUUUUGAGAGCACAUACUUCUCGAAAUUCCCUGGCUUCUACUGCACUGGAGAUGGCGCACGCCGCGACGCUGACGGUUACCUCUGGAUUACCGGACGUGUCGAUGACAUGCUCAACGUUUCGGGACAUCUUAUGUCCACCGCCGAAGUAGAGUCAGUGCUAACCGAACAUCAUCGUGUAGCCGAAGCUGCUGUCGUCUCACGACCACACGUAGUUAAAGGCGAAUGCCUCUAUUGCUUCAUUACGCCCAAUGAGAAUGAGACCUUCGAUGCCAAACUCGUUGCGGAAUUAAAGAAAUUGGUGCGUGAACGCAUCGGACCUUUUGCCAUGCCCGAUGUGGUGCAACAUGCACCCGGUUUGCCGAAAACACGUUCCGGUAAGAUAAUGCGUCGUGUGUUGCGCAAAAUAGCGGUGAAUGAUCGCAAUGUAGGCGACAUCUCAACGCUGGCCGACGAGAGUAUCGUGGAACAAUUGUUCAAGAAUCGACCGGCGGAAAAGUAAAAAGUACAGUAAAGCGUUGAAUGAUUAAAAAAAAUUUGCAGAAAAUACAAAAAUUUUAGUAAUAAUUUGUAAAAAGUAUGAAAAGGAAAGGCAGCCGGCGUCAAUAUGCAACGAUACAGUGAGAGUGUGCGGCAAAAUGGUUAUACAUAGGCUAUUAAAAAUAUGCUUGAUACACUAAAUCCGAAAAAUCAAACACAAUGAGCGCGGAAAACGCUUACAGGCCACUAUACACCUAUAUAUAUAUAUAUAUAGCUGUUGGUUGGAAAAAAUAUUUUUUUUUAACUACGUAGCACAAAUUUAAUGUCUCCAGCUUGUGAAAUAAUGACUCAAGGUGGUAGUUGAAAUGAAAAAAAUUUCAUUAAAAAAUUUAAAAUUUUUCACAGAAAACAAUUUUAGCCAGUGUUGCCAAUUGUGCAUAUUUAAUUUUUUUUCUUUUUUCCUUUAUUUUUUUCAAACUCCGAUUAUAUGCCUAUCAACUGUAUGUACAUUUGUAGCUUGCUAUUCCAGUAUAUUCUUAACAAAUAUAUUAUAUAUAUAUUUAAUAUAUAUAUAUGAAAAAUAGUUAUGUAAUUAUGUAGUAAACAAAUGCAAAUAUAUUUUAAGGCAAAGGCAAAUGUAAAACAAGUACUACAGUGAACCACGAAUAUAUAUAUACACAAAAACAUACAUACAUACAUAUGUAACUAGAAAGUUUGUAGAAAGUAUAAUAAUAAUUUUGUUUCCGUUAGUUUGUACGCUAGUGAAUUAUCUCAUAUACAUAUGUAUAUGUAUAGCAAAUACUUGCAAUACAUAUGUAUGUACUUUUUGGUGCUUUGGUAUAUAGAAAGCAUGUU